AUGACCGACUCCACGUACGCCUAUAUAAAUCCACAUCAGUCAUUCGGUAUGUCUGAUUAUAAGCCUAGCAAUGUAAAAUCGUUUCGAAAGAGACAGAGAGGUGGCCUAAUCAGAGGGACGAUCAUUGGAUUGAUAUUCAGAUGGAUCUUCUGUGUGCUAAUACUCGGGAUAGUCAUCGCUAUCGGCAUAAUCGCCACAAUCGUUCUUUACGUAAAGCCACCAAAUUUAGCCUUCUUGGGCGUUGAGGAGCCAAAUAAUGGCAGUACCGUAUCCGCUAUCAACAACGCAUUGAGCAUAAACUUCGAUUUGCAGAUUCAAGUCGAUAACCCAAACACCUUCGACAUCACAUUCAACGAACUCUACGCACAGCUCUUCUGGGGUGCUACUAACAUCUCUAUUGGCUAUGGCAGAGUUGAGAAUAUCGAUAUUCGCAGUGAGAACACCACAAAUUUCAGAUACCCGUUCCAUAUCGUCUAUAAGGCUAGCUAUGAUCCUAAUAGACAAGUCCUUGGUGGUUUACUUGACUCAUGCGGUCUCACAGAUCCUAACAGCAAGCCUCCAAUCGACAUCCAAUACGAUCUCGAUAUCGACGUAAAAGCUCUUUCCGUAAAUAUCAAACAGACCAUCAGCAAUUCCAUGUCUGUCACCUGCCCUGGCUUCAGUGAAAGCAUGCUACAGGAUGCUGUUGGCGAUACUAUCUCGGUAGAUGUUUUGGUGGAUGAGUUGACUAGAAAUCAACGCUAG